UCUCCUCCUUCCUCGUUUCACACUAACCAUGAAACAACACGCUGACGGACACAUUUAUUGAAAUGGAAAUUCUGCCGUCCGUUAAAACCCAUGGCUCGAAAAUUCCAUCACACAAUCCAUGGCGUCCCAUUGAUUCCAAGAGAAAAACCUUUUUCAGCACGAGAUCAAAUUUUGUUGAUUGGGUCAGUUUUCAUCACAUAAAGGGCCCUAGAUUAGUAUCACAGAGCAAUAAUGGCGAAGGGGGGUCGAUCGCGCAGCCAUGUCUCGAGAAUAUGCCUCUUUCAAUGGAGUUGGAGCCCAUUUCAAGCGAAACCCAGUUCGAUCGUGUUAUCGCCGAGGCGCAGCAGCUCGAAGAAUCACUCGUCGUAUUAUGGAUGGCAAACUGGUGUAGGAAAUGUAUUUACCUAAAACCGAAGCUGGAAAAGUUAGCUGCCGAUUAUAAUCCAAGAGUGAGAUUUUAUUCUGUUGAUGUCAAUAAUGUACCGCAUAAGCUCGUGGUUCGUGCUGGAGUUACUAAGAUGCCUACGAUACAGCUUUGGAGAGACAGCAAGAAACAGGCAGAGGUGAUCGGAGGUCAUAAAGCGCAUUUGGUAGUUAGUGAGGUUCGAGACAUGAUAGAAAACGAAAAUCGCAUAUAGAAAGAAAAUUUUUCAGGGUACAAUUAGAUUACAAUUAAAGUGUGACACUUUGAUCCAAGGGAUAGAUACUAUGAUGAUCUUAAGCUUCUUAUGAACAAUAAUUUUGCAAGCCUUCUCAAAGUGCGAGACUUUGAAGGGUAUAGUGUCGUUAGGGCUGUAAAAGAGCUAAGCCGAGCUAAGCCCAUGGUGCUCGAGCUCGAGCUAAAAAUCGAGCUCGAGUUCGGUUCGUUUGUCAAAAUUAACGAACUGAACUCGAGCCUUAACGAGCUAAACUCGAGCUUUUUAACGAGCUGAACUAUAAAAGAUUAUAUAAAAAUCAUAUUUUCAAGCGAUACAUACAUGAUGAUGUCAUAUUUGUACACGUGUCUUUCAUCCAACGUAAUAAAACUUUUAACGUAAUAAAACAUAAAAGUGGAAUGAUAAAAGUGGAAUGGAGAUGAUCCUAUACCAUCACGAGAGCAUAUAAAAGUAGAGAUUUAAUAAGUACAACCCCAAAAACAAUCAUGAAUGUACGUUGAUUACAAAUUAAAUAAAUGAUGAAUAAUACGAAGACACUAGUGUGAUUGAAUAUUGUUCAGGGGGAAUAUAUAUGUGAUUGGAUAUACUUCUUGGGGGAAUAAAUAUUUCAUUACGUAGAUUUCUUUUAUUGUAAAGAUAUAUUUUUGAAAUUGUG